UCCAGCCGUGGAGAAGAGCCGCGCCAGACUCCCUUCCACUUUGAGCUCUUUCAGGUGCUGGAGAGAGAGAGCUUCACAACAAAACCCGGUCCAGUGAAAACCUGAAAGGUGACCGUUUUUAGCCGAGGUAGCUGUUCAGUCAGUUAGUUAGCCUCGAUGUCUUUUCCGCUCGUUAACGACAGGACCUGUAAAGAGCAGAAGCACAGGAUCCCCAGCUGAAUGACUUGGCAAUGAAAGAUGACGGGGCAAACUGACCGGAAGUGGAGGACUGCCACAGGCGCAGACUUAAAAAGGAUGUGCCCUCAGCAGAGAGCUCGACACCUGGCCUACGCCGAGCCCUCCAAGGAGGCGAAAGGGUGGAUGGCUGCUUCGAAGCAGCGGGUUCGUGCCCGACUGGCUCAAGAGAGGACGGCAAGCGAGAAAAAUCCUCAGCACGGCUUGGAUUCAAAAUUGCAUCAGGACGUGCUCGUUGGGCAGUUAAAAGCCGAUGAGGCGAGGAAUAGGAUUCGACGUAUGAGGCUGCAGUACCAGAACGCACAGGAAAUUAACUUAAUGAUUUCAUGUCAGCCCAGUGCACAGAGCGCUGUGCGCCUAGAACUGCUACUGUCGGCACAGGAGAGGAAGAUGAACAGUACAGACAGCCUGGACCAGCUACAGAGGCGGAGGGUGGAGGAGAUUCUGGAGGAUGAAAGGGGCCUUACCAUAAUCAGAGGAUAAAUGGAGGCAGAGCAGCACUCUAAAAAUGUUCCUCAAGCUCCUUUGUGUGUCCACCCCCAAAGGUUAUUACAUGGAAAACCUUCAUUACUUACACGUGAUCGAAUAAAAAUCAUUAACCUGU